AUGCUGCGCCGCAAGCCCUCCAAUGCCAGUGAGAAGGAGCCCACUCAGAAGAAAAAGCUCUCACUUCAGCGCUCCAGCAGCUUUAAGGAUUUUGCCAAAUCCAAGCCCAGCUCCCCCGUGGUGAGCGAGAAGGAAUUUAAUCUGGAUGAUAAUAUUCCAGAAGAUGACUCAGGUGUCCCUAUCCCAGAGGAUGCUGGGAAAAGUGGCAAAAAGCUGGGGAAGAAGUGGAGAGCUGUGAUUUCCCGAACCAUGAACAGGAAAAUGGGCAAGAUGAUGGUGAAGGCCCUGUCAGAGGAGAUGGGAGACACUCUGGAGGAGGGCACACCCUCCCCGACAUCUCCAGAUGGCAGCCUGGACAGCCCUGGCCCUGAGAAGAUGGCACUGGCCUUUUCUGAGCAGGAGGAGCGUGAACUCCCAACACUCAGCCGCCAGGCUUCCACAGGCAGUGAGCUCUGUAGCCCCAGCCCAGGUUCUGGCAGCUUCGUGGAGGAACCUCCUGUGCCCCCGUACACAGGACCCUUCUGUGGUCGAGCACGAGUCCACACCGACUUCACUCCGAGCCCCUAUGACCACGACUCACUGAAACUUCAGAAAGGUGACGUAAUCCAGAUUGUCGAAAAGCCACCAGUAGGCACUUGGCAGGGCCUGCUCCAUGGCAAGCUGGGCUACUUCAAGUUCAUCUAUGUGGAUGUGCUGCCUGAAGAGUCUGUGGGGCCUGCCCGCCCCAGCCGCCGACAGAGCAAGGGCAAGAGGCCCAAACCCAAGACGCUGCACGAGCUGCUGGAGCGCAUCGGCCUGGAGGAACACACGUCCACCUUGCUGCUUAACGGCUACCAGACGCUGGAGGACUUCAAAGAGCUGCGGGAAACACACCUCAAUGAGCUGAACAUCAUGGACCCGCAGCACCGGGCCAAGCUGCUCACGGCUGCAGAGCUGCUGCUGGACUACGACACCGGCAGUGAGGAGGCAGACGAGGGCGCAGAGAGCAGCCAGGAACCAGCGCCGCGCACGGCAGCACCAGAAGACAAGGUGGACAUCCCUCGAGACUCAGGCUGCUUCGAGGGCUCAGAGAGCGGGCGUGAGGAGGUGGAGCUGGCCAGUGCUGAGGAGCAGCUGCAGGGCCUCUCCCUGGCCGGGGCGCCUUGAGGUGGCAGCAGCUGCACCCAGGCAGCAACAGCCUCCAGGAUGGCCAGGUUGACCCUGUGCCCCCAGGGCCCCUGGCACCCCUAGUCCUACAGACUUGACCAUGGUGGAUGAGGAGCAGCAUGAGGCAAGAAUUAAUUUGCCUCACCCCUCCCUCCACCAGCUACUGACAGCACAGCCCUACCCGGCGCCCUGCUCCAGGUGCAGCCACAGCGAGCGGGGCACCCAGGAGCCAUCUUGCCCUUGCCCCUCAUCACCACGGCCUCCCAAACUCACACCAGCUCCACUGUCACACACACAACUCUCAAAAUGGAGACAGUGAGUGUUUCAGUCAAGCCAAGAGCCUAAGGAAGCUGGUCCUGUAAAAGGACUCUUUUAAAUGGUGGCCACUUAAAGCUGGCCGUUUGAAAGGGCCCUUUUAAGUGAUCAGGGGUGGUUCCCAAUUCCACCCAAUAAGAGCUGAAGAAAGCCAGGCGUACCUAGCCCCACUUUCCUUCUCCAUCAUUGUCAUGGAAGUUUGGCCACUAAAUCACUAUGUCACUUGCAUCAGCACCUGCUCCCAUCGGAGGGUAGAUCUGGUGGGAAAUGGAACAGGUAGUCAAGGGCCUUGUAGGCCCUGACAUUCUGCUACAUUAAAUGUAUGCUCUUCUAUUACCUGUGACCCAAGGCAUUGAAAAGCUUCCUGAAGAGAGCAGGAGGUGGGCCCUCCUUGGUGGCGCAACAGG